UGAGCAUGUGACAUAACGGAGGGUACUUAAGUAAAAUCGCAUGUUUUUCAAACUUGGAAAGAGGCGGUAUUGCAUUGCAUGAACUCAAUUCGCUGCAGCUAAACGGCAAUUCCUCUCUCUCUCUCUCUCUCUCCAUAGCAGAAGAUCGGAAUCCUAAACUCGGAAGGUUCAAACAAUCUUGCGGUGCAUUUUUUCAGGAGAAACUUGUUGAUCAUCUGAGAACGCCUAGAAGGACUGGAGCAUUCAGACCAAAAAUAUGGUCGCUCCCAAGGUCAAAUCAAACACAUUCUCAAAACGAGCAGAGUAUCAUGGCGCCAGCAAGUGUGCAGCAGGGAAAAAUUUCAAGGUUUAUGUGGAAAGCGAUAAGGUUAAUGUCCCUGGCCGUGAUUCCAUCAAUGCUCAAAGCAAAAGGAAAUCUACUUCAUUCAUUAAAGGGACUACUCAAACCAGGGCUGGCUAUUCUAAGGAGGACCCCAAAAUCUUGGAGAAGAGUAUUAAAGACAAACGUGAUAGUUCCAGAAAAACAAAUGCUGGAAGAAAAGUUUUGGCUGAUGUGAGCAAUCUCCGGGGGAACUUUUCAAGAGCUGAAGUGCAAGAUGGCUCCAAACCACUGGUAUCAAUGGAUUCAGGCAUGAGAUAUGCAAUGUCUUCGUCGAAUAACUGUAUCAUGGGAAAGGCAAGGGAGAACCUAAGACAACCUAUUGCUAUUUAUUCUACUUUGAAGGAUGAUGCUUUAGAUUUGAAGGCCUAUGUUGAUGACCAAGGGUCCAAAUGUAAGGGCCAUGGAUCUAUGAACACUAAUGUCAGGAUUACUGCAAGGAACCAUCUUCCGCCUCCGAGGAAGUCUUUAACAGCAACAAAAUUGGUUAAGCAGGUCAAUACAAAUGAUAAAAAGGGAACAGCUGAGAAUUUGGAAAAGGUUAAUGGAAUCUAUGGUUUUCCUGUUAAGCCAAAAGUUGCAAGGAAAGUGAUACCCCAAGUAACCAAUGCGAGAAAUCAUAUUUGGCAGAAUCGAGACAGUGAUGGCUUCAUAAUAAUGGCAUCCAAAAGUCAAACUAUUGUGGAUUCCAAAGCUGUUGCAAGAAAAUCUGUCAAGCCAAUUGCAAAAACCUCACAAAGAGUGUCCGGUGUUAGAACAACUUUAAAGUCCAAGGGCACAUCUGGAGGGAACAAAUUCUCAGCUACUACUAUGUCAUGCAAAAAAAAGAAUGGGAGGGCUAUAUUUUUGUCUGAAAAUAGUGCAUCACUUUCUACAAAUGGACAACCUGCUAAACGGGGGGUUCCAUCUGAGUCUGACUGCUGCAGCAACAUUGGUACAUAUGUAUCAGUCAAGCUUGACACUGGAAAAUCUGAUCGUAGGAAAUCUUUUACAUCUUUACUGAUUGCAAGAUCAAAGCUACUGGAAGGAAAUGGUGGGAUUAUGAAGAAAGAAAAUUUGCCAAGUAUUUAUGAUGAUUUCAAUCACCUGGAAGUAACUGAAUAUGUUGAUGAAAUCUACCAAUAUUACUGGGUUUUGGAGGCGCAGCAUCAUUCUCUUGUAAAUUACAUGGUGAUUCAGACAGAAAUCACACCUCAAAUGCGGGGCAUAUUGAUCAAUUGGCUAAUUGAAGUUCACUUAAAAUUUGAUCUGAUGCAAGAAACGCUUUACCUCUCCGUCUCACUAUUGGAUCAGUUUCUAUCAUUAGUUACAAUCAAGAAAAAUGAAAUGCAGUUGGUUGGUCUUACUGCACUCUUGCUGGCAUCAAAAUACGAGGAUUUCUGGCAUCCAAGGGUAUUGGACUUACUUAGCAUCUCAGCAGAGUCAUACACAAGAGACCAAAUGCUUGGAAUGGAGAAAUCUUUUCUAAAGAAGUUGAAAUUCCGCCUAAAUAUUCCUACUCCUUACGUUUUCAUGCUGAGGUUUCUUAGGGCAGCUCAGUCUGACACCAAGGUUGAACAUCUGGCUUUCUACCUCCUUGAGUUGUGUUUAGUUGAACAUGAAGCUUUAAGGUUCAAACCCUCUUUGCUAUCUGCAUCAACAAUCUAUAUUGCUCGGUGUACAUUAGGAAAAUCUCCAGCAUGGACUCCAUUGCUUCGCAAUCAUGCACACUAUGAAGAGUACCAGAUCAGGGACUGUGCAGAAAUGGUACUGAAAUUCCACAGGGCUGCUAAAACAUCAAUGUUGAAAGUCACUUUUGAGAAAUAUUCAGGAGUUGAAUACAGUGGAGUUGCUACCAUAAAACCUUUAAAUAAGCUUCCUCAGAGCUGAGUAUUAUAGAAUUCUGUAAAAGCAUCCGUUACUUGCGUACAAGUUGCAAACUUUGAAAGGAAAUUGUAGUAACGAUUACUUUAAUCCAUUUACUCAGUCCCAACCAUACCACAAAAGGAAUGUUCUAUGAAUCACAUGUUAGCUUCCAAGAUACUGAUGGACCCAAGAUGCUGCUUGUAUCAUUUGGAAAUCAAAUGAAUCUGUAAUUAUGAAAUCUACUAGAGGUAAACAUGUGAAUGUUUCAUCACCAUAACGUCAAACCAUGAGAAUUCUCUAUAUAUAUGUUUGUUGUUGCUCGACACUACUAUCUUACACUUGAAUGGUUUUUUCUGUUUGUGCUUUUGUAUACUGAUGUAUUGUGUGAUCUGUAAAUUUUGAAAGAGUUCAUUGAUGCUCUCUUGUGUUUGAGUAA